CACUCAACCUGCGGUGUGUGUCGUGUACUACACUGACUGCUUCCUAUCUUCUGUCACUUCUCAGAUUUGGUUAAUUUUGGGGCAGAAAUUGAACAGGCAAGCAUGUGCAAAGUCAAAAAUAACUCCAACAGUCUACGUUGACGUCAUACAUGAUUUACAUUUUUGUUUCUGUAUCGUUAAGUCUCAUUUUCUUGCGUCGACAGGUGACAAUGUUGAGCCCAAAGCUGCUGACCCUGGUGCUGGUGGUCCGGCCCGGCAGAGUGCUGCUCGGCAUGAAGAAGAGGGGGUUCGGGGCGGGGAAGUACACUGGAGAAACCAUUGAAGAUGCUGCGAGAAGAGAGCUGCAAGAAGAAAGUGGACUGACGGUGGAUGAUCUGAAGAAGGUGGGAAACAUCAAAUUUGAAUUUGCUGGGGAAACCGAGCUCCUGGACGUCCAUGUUUUCAGAGCCGAUGAUUAUAAUGGAGAACCAACAGAGUCAGAGGGUAGGUACCUAACAGCACCGCACAGAGCUGUGAGCAUCUAGUGGUGAAGUCCAGCU